CCGAGUGCAACCAGACUCAUAAGGCCUUCUCGACACAAUAGAGACGACAAGUCUAACGGCAGUCAGCUGAAGCCAUGUCGGGCCAUCGCGACACCUCUUCGCUCGCGCAGUCGAUCCCAGCCUACUCGGGCGGUCAGCUGCUUCAGUCCCUCACCAGGACCAGGUCGAUGAGGAGCGAUCAUACCCGCCAGCGGAGGCACAGCGGCGAUGAUCAGACGAUCGAUGAAAUACAGAUUCAAGUCAGCGAGGCUGCCCUGGACGAAGCAGACAGUGUUCGUACGAAAGAUGGCAGUGCUGAAAAAGGCAAGAGGUGGUCCAUGACCGACGACUUGAUCGACCUGCAGGCAAAGUACGCGGACAGCGCCACUAUGGUGCGCAAGCUUGGCGUCACUUUCAACAACCUCACCGUCAAGGCAUCACAGAUGGGUGUCACCUACCAAGAGACGGUUUUGUCGCAGUUUGUGCCACGCUUCAGCAGGCCAGGUCAAUCAGGACAGCAGCAGGUUAUCCUCGAUAAUGUCCAUGGAUGCGUCAAGCCAGGCGAGAUGCUUCUCGUUCUCGGUCGGCCGGGCGCUGGUUGCACGAGCUUGCUCCGCAUGCUGUCCAACCAUCGAGAAGGCUAUGGCCACGUCUCCGGCGAUGUCAAGUACGGCAACAUGAGCUCGAAGGAAGCCAAGCGCUACCAAGGCCAGAUCAUCAUGAACACAGAAGAAGAGAUCUUCUUCCCGACGUUGACCGUAGGCCAGACAAUGGACUUCGCCACCCGCAUGAAGGUGCCUCUCCAUCUGCCCAAGGGCGCCAACAGCCCUGAAGAGGCGGCCAGGGUCUGUCGCGAUUUCCUCCUCAAGUCGAUGGGUAUCUCACACACAAAGGACACCAUGGUCGGCAACGAAUUCGUGCGCGGCGUCUCAGGUGGCGAGAGAAAGCGCGUUUCCAUCGUCGAGUGCAUGGCCACUAGAGGAAGCGUCUUUUGCUGGGACAACUCCACGAGAGGCCUAGAUGCCAGUACAGCUCUCGAGUGGACCAAAGCGAUGCGGGCGAUGACCGAUGUCCUGGGGCUCACGACGAUUGUGACGCUGUACCAGGCCGGCAACGGCAUCUACGACCUCUUCGAUAAAGUGCUGAUACUCGACGAGGGAAAGCAGCUCUACUAUGGACCUAGACAAGAGGCCGUACCGUUCAUGAACGAGCUUGGCUUCUACUGCGAUCCAGCUGCCAACAAGGGCGAUUUUCUUACUGGUGUCUGCGUGCCGACCGAACGCAAGAUUCUCGAGGGCUACGAGUCGACCUUUCCUCGGACCAACACAGACAUUCGGGAAGCCUAUCAAGGCAGCCCCAUCAGAAGCACUCUGGAGGCGGAGUACGACUAUCCUUCUUCUAAGGAAGCCAAGGAAAACACGGCUGAGUUUCAAGCCAUCGUUGCAGGCGAGAAAGCACGCUUCCUGCCCAAGAAGUCGACCCUUACUACUUCUUUCACGGCCCAGGUGCUUAAUUGCAUCGUACGCCAGUACCAAAUCAUGUGGGGCGACAAAGCCACCUUCAUCAUCAAGCAAGUCUGUGCCCUCGUCCAAGCGCUCGUCUGUGGCUCUCUCUUUUACAACGCACCCGAUAACUCGUCUGGUCUGUUUCUCAAGGGUGGCGCUCUCUUCUUUGGCGUCCUCUACAACUCGCUUAUGGCCAUGAGUGAGGUCACCGACUCGUUCACUGGCAGGCCUGUCAUGGCGAAACAUCGCGCUUUCAGCCUCAAUCAUCCCGCCGCCUUUUGCAUCGCCCAGAUUGUGGCCGACAUCCCCGUCCUCCUCUUUCAAAUCACACACUUUGGGAUCAUCCUCUACUUUAUGGCAGGGCUCAAGAACACUGCCGACGCUUUCUUCACUUUCUGGGCCGUCCUUUUUGCCACCACGAUGUGCAUGACUGCCAUGUUCAGGGCUUGUGGCGCCGCAUUUCCCACCUUCGACUCUGCUAGCAAGGUCAGCGGCGGCUUGAUCAACGCCUCCGUCAUGUACGCCGGCUACAUGAUCCACAAACCCGACAUGCACCCUUGGUUCGUCUGGAUCUACUGGAUCAACCCAUUGGCAUACGCAUUCGAGUCUCUCAUGGGUACGAAAUUCCGGCAUGCGACGAUCUCCUGCGUCGGACCCAAUGUGAUCCCCAACGGACCGGGUGACUGGCCCAACCGCUCUUGUGCCGGCAUCAGCGGUGCGGUCCAAGGUGCAGAUUUCGUGACGGGCGAACAGUACCUCGGCUCGCUGUCUUACAACGACUCACGCGUCUGGCGCAACUUUGGCAUCAUCUGGGCUUGGUGGCUCUUUUACAUUGCCGCAACCUUCUUCUUCACAUGUCGCUGGCGGCAGCAGGGCCAGGGUGGCAGCAAUCUUCUCCCUAUCGACAUCGAGGGCGUUCCAACGUCGACCCAAGAGAAGUCCUCCGGCCGCAAUGUCGCUGUCAAUGGGGACAGCAAGACGAGAAACGGCGCAGACCUGGUCCGAAACACGUCGAUCUUCACCUGGAAGAAUCUCACCUAUACAGUCAAGACGCAGUCAGGCGAGCGUACGCUACUCGACAACGUCCAAGGCUGGGUCAAGCCGGGCGUGUUGGCAGCACUGAUGGGUACUUCGGGUGCCGGCAAGACCACGCUUCUCGAUGUUCUCGCUCAGCGAAAGACCGACGGCACUAUUCACGGCUCAAUCCUCGUCGACGGUCGCCCUCUCUCUGUUUCGUUCCAGCGAUCAGCCGGAUACUGCGAGCAACUUGAUGUUCACGAAUCCUUCGCCACCGUCAGAGAGGCUCUCGAAUUUUCUGCUCUGCUUCGUCAGCCAAGAGAGGUGCCCAGGGAGGAGAAGCUAGCUUACGUCGACACGAUCAUCGAUCUCCUCGAGCUCCACGACCUCGAACAUACCCUGAUCGGCAAAAUCGGUGCCGGUUUGACUGUCGAGCAGCGAAAGCGCGUUACAAUUGGCGUCGAACUCGUGUCGAAACCUAGCAUUAUCAUCUUCCUCGACGAGCCCACUUCGGGACUCGAUGGACAAGCGGCGUACAACACUGUCCGUUUUCUUCGCAAGCUCGCCGAUGUCGGUCAGGCUGUUCUCGUCACGAUUCACCAGCCUUCGGCCCAGCUCUUUGCUCAGUUCGACUCAUUGUUGCUGCUCGCCAAGGGCGGUAAAACUGUCUACUUUGGCGAUAUCGGAGAAGAUGCAAAAACGAUCAAAGAAUACUUCGGCAAACGGGGAGCGCCUUGCCCUGAAGACUGCAACCCAGCUGAGCACAUGAUCGACGUUGUUUCAGGAACGAUGUCCCAAAACAAGGACUGGAACGAGGUUUGGCUCGCGUCGGAAGAGCAUGCAAAAGUCGUCAAGCAACUUGAUAUGAUGAUCGAGACGGCCGCCAACAAGCCUCCUGGGUACAAGGAAGAUGGACGCGAAUUUGCCACAUCGUUGUGGGAACAGACGCGCAUCGUGACGAAGCGAAUGAACAUGGCCUUGUUCCGCGACACCGACUACAUCAACAGCAAGUUCACACUCCACAUUAUCUGCGCCCUUUUCAACGGCUUCACCUUUUGGAAGAUUGGCGACGGCGUGUCGGAACUCCAGCUAAAGCUCUUCUCCAUCUUCAACUUCAUCUUUGUUGCUCCGGGCGUCAUUGCACAGCUUCAGCCGCUCUUCAUCGAUCGGAGAGACAUCUUCGAGACUCGCGAGAAGAAGUCGAAGAUGUACCACUGGGCCCCCUUCGUCACUGGUCUUAUCGUGUCGGAACUGCCGUACCUCGUUUUGUGCGCCAUCGUCUACUUUUGCUGCUGGUAUUUUACCGUCGGCUUCGAUGGUGCAGCUAAGUAUGCCGGGUCGACGCUCUUCUGCAUGAUCUUCUACGAAUUCCUCUACACUGGCAUGGGACAAUUUAUUGCCGCCUACGCCCCCAACGCCGUCUUUGCGACACUCGUCAACCCGCUCGUCAUUGGCAUGCUCGUCUGCUUCUGUGGUGUCUUGGUGCCCUACAGCCAGAUUCAGGAGUUUUGGCGCUAUUGGAUCUACUGGAUCAAUCCCUUCAACUACCUCAUCGGCGCUCUUCUGACGUUUGCGCUCUGGGAUAAGCCCGUCAACUGCAAGCCAGGCGAAUUUGCCCUCUUCAACCCCCCUUCUGGGCAAACCUGCGCUGCAUACCUCACCUCGUACCUCCAGAACAGCCCAGGUGCCAACUUGGUCAAUCCAGACGCAGUGGAAAGCUGCAAGGUGUGCCAGUACACGAUGGGGAGCGACUAUCUCAAGACGGUCAACAUCAAGCACUACUACUACGGCUGGCGCGACAAUGCCAUCGUCGUCCUUUUCUGCUUUUCAUCUUACGGCCUUGUCUACCUCUUCCUGAAACUCCGGACGAAGAGAAGCAAGAAGGCAGAAUAA